AUAUCACCUUUUUGAAAUUCUGUGACUGAUCUCUAUUCCCUUCCUUCCAUGUAUGUCUCUCCUUCUCCAGCUAUUAUACUAUAGUACCCUCUCUCUCUCCUCUCCUUUCUCUUCUGUCUUUUUAUAUAUAUAAUUAACGUUAUCAUUAUCGUUAUCAUCAAUUGGUAACAACCAGCAAAGUUAGAGAGAGAACUAGCUACCUCAACUCUUAGCUAGAGCUUAUACUUAUUGACCUCACCAACAUAAACCACUUUAACCCACCAAAACAAAAACCAGUCUAAAGAGAAGAAGAAGAAGAAGAAAAAAAAAAAAAACCAUGGGAAGAGCUCCUUGCUGUGACAAAGCCAAUGUCAAGAAAGGCCCUUGGUCACCUGAAGAAGAUGCCACACUUAAGGCUUAUAUUGAGCAAAACGGCACCGGUGGCAACUGGAUUGCUUUGCCCCAGAAGAUAGGGCUUAAGAGAUGUGGGAAGAGCUGUCGUCUCAGGUGGCUGAAUUAUCUCCGGCCAAACAUCAAACAUGGGGGUUUUUCUGAAGAGGAAGAUAACAUUAUUUGCAGCCUAUAUCUAAGCAUAGGAAGCAGGUGGUCAAUCAUUGCAGCUCAGUUACCAGGGCGAACUGAUAAUGAUAUAAAGAACUACUGGAACACUAGACUGAAGAAGAAGCUCUUGGGAAAACAGCGGAAAGAACAGGCCGCCGCGGCCGCCGCCGCUACUAAUCAGGCGGCUCGCCGAACCAACAACGUCAACAACAACAACCUCAUGAAUAAGCCAGAAAUCAAAAGAGAAGCCACCACUACUAUUACUUUUGAUCAUAAUAACAAUAUUCUUCUUCCGAGUGGCUUUAUGAGUCACCAUCAGACCCCGUACUGGCCAGAACUACCUGCAGUGACGGCUAUGGCGCCUCAUCAUCAUGUGGUGAAUAGCAAUCAAAACUACUACGAUGUUUCUCAACUCAAGGACCAAGAAGCUGCCGCCUCUAUAAAGAGCUUUCUUCUCAAACUCGGAGGAAGAUUCUCUGAAACUGACAGUAGUAGUACGACUACCACCACAACUUCCACCCCAGAUUUUCAUGAGUACCCUUUUGAUCAAUCAUUAUAUCAUCAAACUUCAACCUUUGAUCAUCAACUGCCAAUUAUGGGCCAUGGCCAUUACGCUGAAGCAGAUCAAGUCAUUGGUGGUGGUAUUGGUCUACCAAGCAUGGAUCCGGGGCUUGAGAAACUGCAGGAUGAGCUAAGCCAGUUGAUUUACACCGACCCAGUUCAAGAUAUUUCAUUGUUAGAUGGUUCCGACCAUGAGGGUUUCUAUGGGUCAAUGGAAAAGGUCGGGACCGCCGGAAGCAGCAGCACUACCGGAGCGGCCAGUACUACCACUAAUUCUGGGGACAGUGGAAUUAGCUCUUUGGUUAACAAUAAUUACCCUUCAAUGCUUUCCGACUAUUAUGGAAACUACCAGCCUCAUCAUCAUCAACAUCAUCAAGAUUCUACUUAUGGAUAUGUCUUUCAAAACGAUCAUCAAUAAUGCAUGUAAUGAUGAUGACAAUCAAAUAGCUCUUAGCAAUAUUGUAAAUGCAUGUGAGGUUACUAUAAUCAGAUCUUUCAUAACUAGCUAGCUAGCCCUUUAGGCCAGGGAAAAAAAAUUCCGAAGAAUUUGUUAUGAGGAGGGGAGAUUCACAUUAAAUUUAAGGGUUUUGUUUGUUUUAA